UCGAACCAGUUACGGCGGCGCUUUUCUACAAUCCUAGUGUUUUCUUCUGUUAAUCAUCUUCUUCCUAGCCACCACCAUCACCACUCAACAAAUGGGUUACGAGUGGAAUUUGGGUUUCGUAUCUCAUAAACCUUGGAGGGACGAUUGAUUUGAAUAAUAAUCAGUAUGAGCGGAAUCGGAAAUGGGGUUUUCAUAUUAUACACAUCCAGGAGAGCUGAUCCUGCAAUGAAUCAGCAUGAUCCAGCACAAUUUACUUGUUACUUGAUACUCGGGUUAAACAAUGUGCCGUGGAGACUAACCAAUGACCAAUUUACCUGGUCAAUUGAGCAGGAUGAAAAGGAGCGGGUGUUUCUCCUAGAACUCAAGAUCGGAGAAAAAGUUUUUAUAUGUGGUUUUGGGAAGCAAAAAGUUCGUAUAUAUACAUCAGGUUUAGCUUGUUCUCCAUGUAUUGUCAUAGAGAAAUCUCCUUUUGUUUUCCAAAGAGAGGUUAAUUGAUCUUUCACAAAUGAAAAAGAUUGCCUUUUGCCAACAACCAAAGAAUUGCACAGAUCUACAUGAGUUUGUAGCUCACCUGAAGUAAAAGAAGCAAAAGAUGAAUCAUGCACUGACAUUGGUUCUUCAUACGCUAGCAUUGUCGAUGAAGGUGAAGCAGUCGACGGAUUUGAUAAGCAUGGGAUAUAGCUACGAUUUUUAGUUCCUGGGUUUAAUUCUUUAGAUCCUGGAACAAUCAAGGGAGGAAAACCUUUCGACCCAAGAGUGAAAUCAGUGUUAUUAACAAGAUUAGAUGAGUUUCCACUCUUAUUAUUGAUCGAUGAUAGAUUGGCUGGAGGGAGAUUGCCGGCCGCCAUGCAUACAAAUCAUUAUUAGCAACAGUGAAAUCUGUGAGACGAGGAAGACUGGCUAAUUUAUAAGGAAUUUGACCAGAUAACCGAUUACUCGACAACCUAAGCCUAUUUAAAUAUGCACAAUCACCUAAAUUUGGAGGUAUAGAACCAGAAAGUUGAUUUCCGGAAAGAUCCAAGGUUGUUAGAUAAGGUAGCCAUGCAAAGAUUUGAGAAGGAAUUGUACCUGAAAUCCUAUUAUCAGAGAGAUCUAAAACUUGUAGACUAGCACAGUAUUGUAAAGAAUCAGGAAUUUGUUCUGAUAGUUCACCUGAUGGCAAUGAAACACGUAUCAAACGAUCUUCAUUUCCGUUCCAACAGCUAACACCAACGAGAUUACAAAUGAGACCAGCUGAAGAAUUAUCAGAAUUUCAUGAUUCCAAUCUUCCUUGAGGAUCCGUGAAAGCAGCUUUUAUGCCUUUUAGACACGUUAUAUCAUCUUCUAGAGCGACAACAGCGUUAGAUGAAAAAGGUGAUCAGUCUUGUUUUGAUGUUGUCUCGGUAGAGUUUGAAUCUUCGCAAAAGCAGCUCUUGCUGUAGUAGCCCUACACGACCUGACUGCCUUAUGAUUAUUGACUAUCUCGUCAAAAAAGUUCUCCUUGUUGAAUAAUAAGAUGAAUGAA